CGUGUUAAUCGAACUCCCGCAAAGAAAGAGGUGGUAGGGCUGGCUGAUAGCAUACUGAGACAGACAUUCACUCUGUACAAUUGAGUGAAAGUGGUUGUUGUAAAAAUAUUUUGUUCGAUGGACAUACUGAAAGAGCAGGUGAUAUAUUUCGAGUAGCUUGCAUCAUCGAAGCCAAGUAACGUUACUGAGCCAACAUCAGAUUAAGAGGUAGCUAACGUUAUUAGCUAGCAAGUUACGUUGAAAAAUGUCGUCGCCAAGUCCAGGCAAGAGGCGAAUGGAUACGGACGUGGUGAAACUCAUUGAGAGCAAGCAUGAGGUCACCAUCCUCAGCGGGCUCAAUGAGUUUGUGGUCAAGUUCUACGGCCCACAAGGAACGCCGUAUGAGGGGGGUGUCUGGAAGGUGCGCGUUGACCUACCGGACAAAUACCCCUUCAAGUCUCCAUCUAUAGGCUUCAUGAAUAAAAUAUUUCACCCCAACAUUGAUGAAGCGUCAGGGACAGUGUGUCUAGACGUCAUCAACCAAACGUGGACAGCCCUGUACGACCUGACCAACAUCUUUGAGUCGUUCCUGCCCCAGUUACUGGCUUACCCCAACCCCAUCGACCCCCUCAACGGAGACGCCGCCGCCAUGUACCUGCAUCGGCCAGAGGACUACAAACAUAAGAUCAAAGAGUACCUCCAAAAGUAUGCGACAGAGGAGGCUCUAAAGGAGCAGGAGGAGGGAGGCGACUCCUCAUCCGAGAGUUCCAUGUCAGACUUCUCUGAGGAUGAGGCUCAGGACAUGGAGUUGUAGUAAAGAGGAGGCCCCUCCCCUCAGCCACACAGACUAUCAUUUCCUAAAGAGCAGAAACAGACUAUUAUAUUCAUAUUUAAACAAGGCAAUUGUUUUUAUUAUGAAACAGUGAUUUUUAUGGAUAAUAUGAACGAGAAGCGGUGGUGCAAAAUGUCAAAGUCUCUCCCUCAUUUAGGAUGUCUUUGUUCCUCACUCAGCCCCCCUUCACUAGCACCACCCACACUAUAACCACAUCCUAACCCGAACGGAGUGCAGCAUUCCCAUGGUCCUAAAUGCCGUCUCUUGUAUCUGGGUUGUAUUAACCUUUGACCCAACCUUAAUAGAGCCAAUAGGGUGUGACCAGAGAGCAGUGCGUCAUGGGAAGACAAGACUGUCAGACUGUCGUUGACAUAAUGGAGACAGAGAUGGAAUGUUUGCACUCAGACCCUACCCCCCCCACACCGUGUUCCACCGCUACUUUACUUUGACAACCCUCUUUCAACAUUUAGUUUGGAUUUUUAUUCAUUGAAAGAAGUUUCCUGUAUUCCGUUUGGCAUAUGUGAAACGCUGUUUUGACAAGCACCGCUCUUUUCCCCUGCUCCUGUGGACAGCCACUGUCUCUGCAGUCAUUACCACAAUACGGAAUAUUACUUUGAGAUCCAAUUUCAGCUGUUGACUUCCUUUGGAUGGGUUUGGAAGCUGCCCCAAGGACCGUCACAGGAUCACUCCUUCCCAAAGAUCAUUUAUUGGGUUUCAUCCAGACCUAUCUGAUAUGGCUGCUGUUCACCAUGUGUCAGGCCACACCCUAGAGGCCAGUAUGCAAAUGUGUUAUCGACUUACCACGCCCUGUUUGUCAAUGAACCUGUUAGACAUGACUUUUGCCCUGUAGACGGGAGUACAGUGCACCAGACAACAUACCACACCACUUAACACCUGAUGUGUGAGAGAGAACUACCCUCAUGUCAGACUUGACUGACCCCAACGGAUGCUAACCAGAAUCAUAGAGCCACUGUAGUUCAACCCUAACUUACAUACAUACACACACACCACAACAUGUGUGUUGUUCUGGAGGAGCAAAUCACAAAGGUUCAUGUCAAUGAAACACAUUGUCAUGCAUCAUAGUGACCCAAACACUCCUUCUCCUCCCUGUUUUAGGAAAGUGCUUGUAUCCUAGGUGAAGUGGUGUAGGGCUUUGUUGAGCUUCUGUAGAAUAACAGAGAAGACACUUCCUUUGUGAUGCUGGGUUUUUAUUUAGGUGUCAUCAGUGUUCAGUCUUAUCCACACUGGGGGCCAGGCUCUGUUCCAUCCUAGCAGUAACACACCUGUUUGGACUUUUCUCAGCCCUGUUGGAAGAUGGUCCUACUCCAAUCGCAAAGUAGACAUUUAAUCAUCAAGACUACAUUUUUGUAAUCAUCAAGACUCCAACCUCAUUUUUCAGACUCUGUUAGGUGGGCAACUAGUUAGGGAAGUCCAUAGUGAGUUAGCUAAUUCCAGUCAUCACUCUCCCUUGGUUGGUUUGGAACGGAGGCCUGUAGCCACACCACUGACCCUCUGUAGAUGAAACCGGACAGUUCUAGGUCUUGCUAGGUGGGUGGGGUUGGGUGGUGCCUGGGGAAUGGCGGCUGGGCUGGGGUGGGAACUAACCUGAAUUUUGCCUAUUGCUUGUGUUAUAUUAACUUAUAAUAGGUGUUUGACUUGUGUAGGGCUAGUUAGUUUGCCGGGUGGUGAAUCCGAUUAUAAUCUAUGAUUUAAUUUCUUCUAAUCUAUAGCAAGCUAGUUUCAAAGCUUAUGGUCCUGUAAAGGAAAAAGGAAUUCCUACGUUUUGUUUUAAUUUAGGUUGUUUGAAUCUGAUUCUCCAAAGAUGUGUUGCAUCCCUGUUUCCUCUGGGUGUCCUGUGGGCCUGGCUCUUUGUGCUCCAGACAACCUUUUGGUCGUUGUUGUCAUGUUGGGAUUAAGCAGAAACACACUCUGGCACCCAGGCUGGGGGAGUCUACCUUCACACUCAAGCCUGGCUGGCAGACAGUGUUUUUGGUGUUUUCAGCCUUUAUCACCACAUGGACUGUUCCAGGAUUAUCCUUUUCCUUCUAUAGAACAGUACCUAGGCCAAAUUUUAUCCUCAGAUCUGAGUGGGGAAAUCUAUAUCAUAAAAUGUGUGGUUGUUUCAAAUUGUGUGAAAGUUGUGGUAUGUCAGACCAUAUGCCGCAGGUGGGACAAAUGAAACAGUACUGUUUUAUUUACGUUGGUAACUGGUUUAUAACAGCACUAACUGCCCAUAUUUGUGGUAUAUUGGGAAUAUUACCACACCCCCUCAUGCUCAGUUGCUUUAAAAUACAGUAUUUAGGGGGACAGAUGUUCUUGACAGACAUUGGUAAUCAGUUCAACGUGGUCCCAGAGACGUGGUCUAAACUAAAGAGGUCCAAGACUCAAAGAGGUGGAUGCAUAUCACCAGUAUGAACAUGGUGACUCUUUGCUGACAGAUGCUCCAAAACACUGUAAAAAUGCUCAUAGAGACAGACAUAAACGUCUUUACUGGCUGUUUGUCGGAGAUUACAAGUGAUGUGUCACUCAUCUCUCUGAUAUAUUUAUCAUCUCUGUCCUAAUUUUAGAAUGAAAUCACAAUAUUUUCUUUGAAGGCAAGCACUGUAUAAUGUGUGUGUUAACAGUGACAUUUGACAUAGUAGGCUUAAAGGUUGCCCCACACCUCUCCACUCCCCACAACCCAACAUGAUGAUGAUGAUGAUGAUGCUACUGUUGAUUUGUCUGUAUCUUGUGUUUUUCCUCCAUUAAACAAAGAGCAGGUGGGUCAUUGA